AUGAGUGGAGGGUGGAACACCAUCGAGUCGGACGCAGGUGUCUUUACCUACCUGCUCGACAACCUGGGUGUUAAGGACGUGCAGUUUGAGGAGCUACUCACCCUCGAGCCCGACUCUCUGGCCUCACUCUACCCUGUAUACGGCGUCAUUUUCCUGUUCAAGUACCCCACGAACGAGCCAUACACAUCGACAGACAAGCCGCUCGACGGCACCUUCGAUCGCGAUGCCUCGGAGCGCCUCUUCUUCGCCGCCCAGACCAUCCAGAAUGCAUGCGGCACCCAGGCCCUGCUAUCCGUACUGCUGAACAAGGAAGGGGAGAUUGACAUGGGCGGGCCCCUGCGCGACUUCAAGGAGUUUACCAUGAUGCUACCGCCUGAGUUUCGCGGCGAGGCCCUCAGCAACUCCGAGCUGAUCCGGGAUGUUCACAACAGCUUCGCCAAGAGCAGCCCAUUUGUGGACGAGACUCAGCGGACGGGUGGCGAGACCGAAGACGCCUUCCACUUUGUCGCAUACACCCCUAUUGACGGUACGCUCUACGAGCUGGACGGCCUACAGCCCGCGCCCAUCAGCCACGGCGCCUGUACCUCCGGCGAAUUUCCAACCAAGGUCAUGGACGUUUUGCAGCGGCGCAUCAACCGGUACGACAUCACCGAGAUCCGCUUCAAUUUGAUGGCUAUGGUGCGUGAUCUACGGAUACAGGCGCGCGACAUUGGCGACGUGGACAUGCUCGAGCGAGAGGAGCGCAAGCGCCGAGACUGGCAGUUCGAGAACGCCCUGCGGCGACACAACUUUGUGGGAUUCGCCGGCGCUGUGUUGAAGGGUGUUGUCGACAAGAAGCUCAAAGAGGGCAAUGGUGCUUACGAGAAGUGGGUCGAAGCGGCCAAGGAGACCACCAAGAAGCGCAUAGAAAGCAGGAGGAAGGGCGGCGGCGACGACAUCGAGAUGGAGGGAUAG